CCUCGGCAGCCGAUCAGUCGAGCUAGACAUGAAGGUGCACACGGCGACGCUCUUACUGCUGCUGGCGGCCGCCACCACGGCCCAGCAGGACCCCCUCGAGACCGCGUACCGCUUCGUGCAGACCUGCGGCGACCAGGGCCUCAGCCUCUGCAUCAAGCAACGCGCCCUCAACCUCUUCGACGACGUCCUUGCCAAGGGCGACAUCCCCCUCAUCCAGGGCGUCACACUGUUGCAGACUUCUGCCCCUGCAGAGAGGACAGCGAAGGAAGUGAACGAUAUUUCCCGCAACGAUGAAAACCCUGAGGCGCACGUCGAGACGAUGCUCAUUGAUCGCGUUGCCAAGUUCUUCAGCACUCACACUUUGCAGCUCAAAGUUCCUGAUGACACCAUUUCCGACUUGAAGCAUUCCGUCGAAGAAGGUCGUAAGAAGAAGAAGAAGUUCCUGCUGCCCUUCCUUCUGGCUCUGAAGCUGAAGGCGGUGGCUUUGGUUCCUCUUGUGCUUGGUGCCAUCGCCCUGCUGGCCCUGAAGGCGCUGGUCGUCGGCAAGAUCGCGCUCGUCCUCUCGGCCCUGAUCGGUCUGCAGAAGCUGCUGGCCAACCAGCACAGCACCAAGACGGUCGAGGUGGUUGCGCAUCCGACCUACUCGCACGAGGAGCACCACAGCGGCGGCCACUACGCCAGGAACCUCGAGCUGCCCUACGCCGCCUACAAACCCUGAUCGACUGAAAAAGAAGCUCUCUGCUCGUCUCGUUCCUUUAAUUUCUCUGUCUCUUGUGCAUUUCUUGUGAUUCCCCAGCCAAGUACAAAUAAUUCCCAUUAUUUCGCUGCUCGAUCUUUAUUCUAGUGUAUGACUAUAUUCACACUUUUGUUCUUCUCCUUUUCUGCUCUAUGUCCUCUCACUGUAAGCCGCUUCGCCUUCAGUAAUUUAUUUUUCGCACAAAUUAAUUUAUUGUGUAUGGAUGAUGUACUUAAUAAAGUUGCCAAAUCAUUGUAAUAUUACGUUA